AUGGCAGACAAGAAGAUCGUGUAUCUGGACGAAACAAAUUUUAACUUGUGGAUUAGUCGGAGCCAAGGAUGGAGUGUUCAAGGAACUCGAGCGGUUGACCUGAACACGUACAGCAAAGGCAGCAAUAUUCAUGUUAUCGCCUGCAUUUCGCGGGAUGGAAUCGAGUUUUCUGAAGGGCGGUUUCGGUCGUCUAAAUGGGAAGCUGCAAACGACUUUAUUCGGAGGAUGCUAAGCUGCCUAGCUGGACGCGAGGCGCUCGAUAAUGUCGUCGUCAUGGUGGACAACGCUCCGUGCCACAGUCGGGCCGAAGAAGUGUUUGAUGAGGAAGAGUUUGCGAGUGUGGAAUGCCUGCGACUCGGACCAUAUUCGCCUAUGCUGAACGGUGUUGAGGACGUAUUUUCAGUGUUCAAGGCUGCGGUGAAGCGAUACAUGGCGGCAAACCGCCGAAACAUUCUCGAAGUUCCCGAAAGCUCAACCAUCGCAGCUCAUCGCUUGACGGUUUUGCUACAUGCAGCAAACACCAUUUCCCGCGAAGUCGUCACAUCCGAGCUUUGCCGUAAGUGCAUUUAUCACACCUUCGAGUUUCUUGCAGAUGCUAUCCUACUGAAAGACAUGGCCGUGGGAAAUUGA